AUGACGGAGGGAAGCCAGGCCGCGUGGGACGCGGUGCGACGUUGCAAGUCGCCCAGAGGCAAGGCGCUCGACACGGCUCAUCUGGGGCGCAAGUGCCUUGCGAUCGAGAACUUCUUGACCUCGUUGUUGGAGGACGUGGAACUGGACCCGAUGUACGUCGCAGAGCUCCUUACGGUGCCCACCCCGAGAUCGAGGGUGGUGGCCAGCACCGGAAGAAUUUGCAUUUGCAAGCAACAGCAUUGGGUGCCCGGGACGCCCUCCCACAUCAGCAGAGGGAGGUCUGGGCUUCGGAUUUCGACUCGGUGAUUGUGAGUUCCCGUCCACUAGAAUGGUUGUUAGCCCCGUCUGCGUUGUUUUUUCAAGCUGCAACCAAAGGGAGGUAGUACCGACCACUGUUAUUUUUAUUUUUGCUGCUUCCGCGCCACGUCGAAUAUUAGAACAGACAGAGAAGUCGGCCGUGCGUACAUGCAGUUGUUUCCUGUCGUGUGUUCCGUGGCGCAGUCGCCUUUGUUUUGGUUGGGUGGAAUUAGCAGUACGCGUUCUGGAUAUGUGUGUUUCAUCGUGAUUACUGCACCUCAGGCAAUGGGGGCGAAGAGAGGGAAGCUUUGAAAACUUUUCGCUUGUGUUGAAGAAUAUGUAUUUGCAGCAUGUGAGAUUUGGCGAGCAGUUGGUUUUGGUUCCGUUUCGAGCCUGCUCGCUCGCCAGCCCCGGCUCACACCAGCCCAUCUCUUUCGUUUUGCCUGCUUCCGUCCCCUUUUCUCUCUUGUUGACCCCUACAAAGCAGGUUGCACUCGGCGUACGUAGCGGAACACGUCAGCACGGUAUGCAGCUACUUCUCCGAUUGUGAACACACCUCGUGGUCAAGUUCUCAUUGGAUAUAUAAUGCUUGCGCUCAGGUCAGGCGUUUUGCUCGAACAUGGUCAGACAAUGGAGAUUGUCAAGAUGCCUCCGUAAAAACGUCUUCAAGUAAGAUACGUGCUACAUAGUAGCCCCGCCCAGCUAUUGGCGGCGUUUAGAAGUGUAGUUGGGCAGAACCCUUCGGAGAAGUUUUGACCCUGAGUUUGUCGAGCGGCUUGGGGAAAACGAAGCCAAUGCCUGCUGGGGAUGAGUGUUCCAUUCUUUGAAGCGCUACAAUAGUUAGAAUACAGUAAAAUAACGCUGGAAAGCACCUCGGGCGCAACGAAAAAUGCUGCUCGGGGAAUCGUAGAAUCAGUGGCAGUGCUUCGGCAAACGCUAUGGAUUCAUUGCUAAGUUAUCCCAGGCGGACUCUCGUGUCUGUUGAGAGGAUGGAUUCGUUGUUGUGUUACGAAGUAUUGAUAGUAACAUUUCUUUUUUUUUCGCAAGCGGGCUGGAAACGAAGUCGUGUGAUGUGUUGUUGAGACCGUGCUUCAUUUAUCGCGCACGCUGGUCUAUCUGCUCUGUGCUGACGAAUUACGUCCUGGAGUGUCGAUGGCGGUCGCGGUACCAAGUAAACCACUGCUGUCCUGUUGUCUGUUGUGUUGCGUCGCUUGCUGCUGCUGCUCCGCAAAGCACCCGACUGGCUGCCCCCGUUGUCUGCUUGUUGUAGAGGAUAGAUCGGCAGCAGUAGAGCGACCACUGCUGCUGUUAAACCGACGGUACCGAUCGUGUAGAGACGACCGAUCGGUUGAUGGUGGAGACGACCAGGGUGACAAAACGGGGCCUCCGUCAAAUUGCGAUUGAUUGUUGUUUUUGCUGUACAAAGCCCCAACGGGGCUGGAAAUAUAGAAGGUGCGAGAAGAACUCUACCACUAGAGAUGAUGCGAUUUUAAGAUAGACGCCCCGUUGUAGCACUAGAGACGCAAGCGUGGCGGUAGAGCGUAGUCGACCGGUACGACGGGAUGGGUGCAGUUUUUCAUCGGGGGGCGUUUUACAUUUUUGUUGGUGGCACAGAGUUGGUUGGUGUAGUAUGCAUCCGCGCACAUCGUCGUGUCGAUGCAUUAUAGGGAACGAAAGGCCCCGUACAGCCGGGGCAUUGUUUUGUCUACACGCCGCUUGUGGAAACCACGAAACUGCCGUCGGAUCUGACGUGCCUGGUGGCCGUACACUACGUGUAAGACGGUAGGUGCUUGUGGCGCAAAGCAGUGUACAUAUUUGGAAAGGAAGGGAAAGGCGCUCCCCCUUUUUCUAAAAAGGGGACUUAUCGACGCGUCAGAGCGCCGAGCCUGUUUUGGUGCCGUCCUUAACUGCUGUGGCAUCUAGGAAGGGGGGGGGGGGGGGUUAGAAGUGUUGAUGCCGAUGUGAUUCGCGGAUCUGUUUCGUGUGGAGUUUUGCAAGACAUGUGUUUUGGUGUCAUUGGAUUGGUGGCACUGCGCGCGUCAACGACGGCGUUGGUGUAGCGGUACAAGGUUGUUCAUUGCUUGAUGUAUGGAUAUGUGUGUUUUAAUUUUUGUAUCGGUGGCGCUGGUGGAGUGGGGAAGUGACAACAACGAAUUGUUGACGAAAGCAGAACACGUGGUCUCUUGCCGUUACUCUUCGUAUUUUGCCCGGCAUGAGGCCGUUGACUGUCUUUCGAUGGUUGGGUGCUGAAUCGAUGUGAUGCUCGCCACAACCUACCGCUACUGCUGCUGUGCUGUAUUGUAUGGUGUAUCGUUGCGGGUCGUGUUCCAUCUUCUUUCCGUGAGCCCUGCUCAUGUUUUCGUUCCAACCUGUUAGCGUGGGGGGGGAGUAUCGCGGCCAGUAUUUGGAGACCUCAGAUGCUUAAGCGAGUUUCUGCAGAAAUUGCUUGUCGGCGUUGCUCCUUCCUUCGCGGGACGUCCGAGAAAAGAAAAAGAACCG